AGUGCUACGGUGCCAUACAAUGGUCCAAUGGUUUCAAUGAAGUGCAGCUGCUGCAUCCUUAAUCUGCGUGAUUCCCUUCAAUGGCCUGCAAGGCAGAAAAUUAUCGCAUAAAAUAUAAUGUCCGUCUGUAGACUUAUAUGCCAACUAGUCCCUACUCCAGUAAUUAAGCUAUGAAAAUCAGACUUGACCCUUCUCCCUUCAAACCCCGAGGCUUUUGGUUAUUUCGUGUUAAGAUUGGAAUUGGAACUCAUGAGAUAUAGUAAAUAUGUUUGAAAUAAGUUUAACCGUUUUCGUGUUGGGUGAAAAAUAAACACAAAUUAAUGUUUCAAAACAAUAAUUAAAGCAAUUACUUAAUUGCCUUUUAUGACUCCAACCAGGUGGGACCAUCACUGAUAACACCGGCAAGGACUGAACUUCAGUUCGGCUUCCUCCGCUCGACGCUAUGGCGGUGUUGUACUUUUUUCGGGAACCAGAGACCCUCUACGACUGUGCCAGCUUCAUCUGCGGCCUCCAGUUUGUGAUGUGCUGCAACGAGUUCAGUGGACGGGGCACCGGUUUCACGAUUACCCGCUGGAAGAGGAUCUAUUCGCUGGGCAUGGCAGGACUGGCGGUCCUGGUCUUGUUCGUCUCGCUCAGCGGUCUGUUGGGGAGCGAGGAGAUCCGCAAGCGAAUGGCAGCCGUCGACAAGAUGGUGCUGAGCAUUGCGGCUCUGGAGGUGGUCAUGUCCUCGUUGGUGUUUGUGGUCACGGUGCUGUCCCUGCAGGCGGCCGCCCGCCGCCACAUUAGCAUCUAUGUGCGCCUGUUCGCUAUGGAUACGCUGCUGAUGCGGGACUUUGGAGCCAGCCUUAAUUACCGGAAGCUGCUCAGGAAGAACAUUGUGGUGCUGGUGACGGUCACCGUGCUCUACCUGGGGGCCAUCACAAGCGCCGUGAUCCAGAUGGCCAGAGGGCACCGCACUUUGUUCCUGCUGUCCGCCUACUGUUACGUCAUCGUGACGGGGGGCCCUCACUUCAAGGGCUACGUCCACAUGAGUCUCGUCGAGCUGCUCUCCAUCCGCUUCCGGCUGCUCCAGAAGAUCCUCAGUCCAAAGUUUCUGGAGUGGCGAUUCCCGCAGCGGCAGCUCAGAGAGCAGCACGUCCGACAGGCCGUGGCCAUUGUCCAAGAGCUGCUUCAGCUCAUCCCGGAGAUCAAUCGGGUGUACGCGUUCAGCCUGUGGAUGUCGAUGGCCCACGACCUGGCCAUCACCACCAGCGAGCUCUACAUCAUCUUCGGCAUGGGUGUGGCGAGCAUGGAGGAGAGCGAAGAUGAGGAAAUGCAGCUGAAUCUGAAGCGGGAGCAGCACAAAGGCAGCCCGGUUUUGCUGGGCUACGUGGCACUCUGCAUGGCCGCUCCUCUGUAUAAGCUGCUCAUCGGACCCUUCUACUGCGAACGCGCAGUCCUCGAGGGCCGGCGGUGCCUCCGCCUCAUCGAGCAGCUGGACAACUGGUACCCCACCAGUCCCGCCACGAGGCAACUGGUUAACUCUCUGAUGUGCUGGCGCUUGCAAUCCCGUCCGCAGUUCACAAUCGGCUUCGACAUUCUACUCAAUCAAACGGUCCUAACUCUGGUGGGAACCGCACCGAGAUAAUUACAUGCCAUAGGGAUAGGGAUCCACUAUCGAGCCCAAAAACAUCCUGCACAAGAAUCCU